AUGCUGGAGUCAGUAACCCAGAGCACGUUUCUGUCAGACACAAUGGUUUGUGAUCCCCUGAUGUCUUGGACAGAGUUAUUUGGGACAACCGAAGAUGACUAUACCACCUGUGAUCAUCAGAAAGAUUCUUAUUCUUUCUGGACAUCCAUCCAUGCAGACUACUGGAGUAAGCACAAUGUCUGUGAAUUAUUGCAGUCUUGCUGUGAUCAGUGCAAAAUAGAUCUCAACUGCAUUUCCUUUUCCCACUUUAAUAUCAACAGCUUAUGGUUGUGCAACAUGACACACAGCCUAGCUGCUGCAGUCAUUUGUGGUGAAUACUUGUAUUUCAUCUUACAGAAUAGCAGGAUGCACACCCUUUCGUUUUUUACUGAUGAAGAAGAAACAAAGCCCUCCAACAAGGACUACUUGCAGAAUUCUCAUUUGUGGGAAUUUGUAAGAGAUCUGCUCCUCUCUCCUGAAGAAAACUGUGGCAUCCUGGAAUGGGAAGACAGGGAACAAGGCAUUUUUCGGGUUGUUAAAUCAGAAGCUCUGGCAAAGAUGUGGGGACAAAAGAAGAAAAAUGACAGCAUGACAUAUGAAAAAUUGAGCAGAGCUCUCCGUUACUAUUAUAAAACUGGCAUUUUGGAACGAGUGGACAAAAGACUGGUGUACAAGUUUGGAAAGAAUGCCCACGGAUGGCAGGAGAACAAGAUAUGA